AUGCCUAGAGAGAACAGCUUCAGCGACUCUGAGGGGCGUUCGUUGACCCCAGACCUCAGCGACCUAAGCGAUCAUGAAGACUUUGUCGCGUCGCCCAUCUCGUUGGCCAUUCCUGGGGGAGGCAUUCCUGAAGUAAACCACGUACAAUCGCCCAUACAGCGGAUAGCUUCACCAGUAAUGUCUCACCACACGCAUCGUACCGCACGCUCCCAGGCAGCGAGCUCGGUUGCGCAUCGUGCCGUAAUUGCACCGAAAGAAAGAUUUCGUAAAGUUGUCCGAAAGGUAAUUGCUCUGCACCGCUCAACAUCGACCUUUUCGUACGCGCGAUUUGGUGUUGGUGAUGAGCCCGGUAUCGAUCCUCGACGAGACUCGGCGUACAUCAACUGGGGACACAUUCACCAGGACUGCGUUAUUCAGGUCAACGAUUACAGCAGUCUACGAAGCUCGUUCGGGAUGAUGACGAAUAAGGAAUUCAUUGGGAUGAUGCAAAGCGAUGCCGCAAGUGAGCGGGAAAGCUGGGUGAAAGUGAGGUGGAUAAAUAUUGCUGGGAUCAGCUGGGAUGUUCUCAGUGCAGUGGCUCUACGCUAUGAAAUGCACCCCCUGGCCCUGGAAGACGUACUCCACCAGCGCGACCAAUCUCGCUCGAAGGCAGAUUAUUAUCACAAACACCUUUUCCUCCGCGUUCUCUGCCACGAGCUCCUUGACCCAGAUGACGACUCUAGCUACAUCCCUCCGCACCUCGCGGUUCCACGCUUUCGCGACUUCCAUCCUGCGCGCGGGUCGACCCUGACUGAGAUACCACGUUCCACUUCGCCUGCCCCCUUCACGCCGGAGGACAGAGAACACAGAGAGCAUCAAGCAUUGGACGAUAGUCUUGUGAAAGAGGAAGUUGGCAUCGCUGUAGAGGGAGUAUCAAACGGUGAAUUCGGCACUCUUAAGGCAGGCGAUGUUGACCGCGACAAUACAUUGUUCGGCACGGAGACGCCGUCUAAGCGACGCAGCUGGCGUAGGACGAAGUCGGCCAUGUCAAGCGUUAUGGAUGUCGAAAAGGGGGCGCUUCCUACGAGGAAGGUCGCUUUUCAAAAAUCGAAGCAUGCUGUACGUGAAGAGCGAGCAAAAGCGAAGUUGGCCAAGUAUGCUGAGAGCGAGGAGCGUCAUGACGAACGCAAGCAAGCGGAGCGUAAUGCUACGAUUGAGGAACUCAAAAGGGGGGAACGUGUUAACGUCAAGGUUUACCCGAUGUUCAUGUUCCUCUACAAAGACGGUACCUUCAUCACCAUCCAUCCAUCCCCCGAUGCAACCUUCACCGAUCCUAUUGUGCACCGCCUACGCCAACCCGAUACGUUACUGAGGAAGAGCGCUGAUGCGAGUUUGCUGCUCCAAAGUCUGCUCGAUCUCAUCGUCGACCAGGCUUUGGAAGUCAUCGACGCGUACCAUUACAAAAUCAAGAAGUUCGAACGGGAUAUCCUGCUCAAGCCCAAGAUGAAAACUGUGAGGAACUUGCACAUUCUUUCGGGCGAUCUCAUCCUCCAUAAACGGACACUCGAGCCAAUCAAGACCAUUGUCUACGGGUUACGGCGCUAUGAUCAAGACAGGUGUGCUGCUCUCGCGGAAGCCAAUCCGGAUUCCAAUGGGAAACGCGAGCCUGUAGUCGGGUUCAUGACUCACAAGUCUCAAAUCUACCUCGCCGAUGUAUACGACCACAUGGCGUAUAUCCUCACCAGCUUAGAAAUGUUCGCGGGUAUCGCGGAGAAUCUGAUUGAUUAUACGUUCAAUAUGGCCUCAUACGAGAUGAACGAAGUCAUGCGCCGCCUGACGCUGGCGACUAUCAUCUUCUUACCUCUCACCCUUCUUACUGGUUACUUCGGUAUGAACUUCGAGUUCAUGUGGACGAUUCAGCACGGUCACUCUGACGCGGUAUUCUGGUUCAUCGCGAUUCCUGUUAUGGCUAUCGUUCUACCCAUGUUCAUCGCCCCCGAUAUUGUCAGGAUCGUGCAUUAUUGCAAGAAAAAGAUGACCGCUCAGAAGGCGAAGAAAAGCGUCAAGGAUUCGUAUAAGUCCGCCUAA